CCUGAGUGCUUGCGUUUCAUGUUCCUCAUCAAACUGAAGGCCUCCAUGCUGGCACAAACGCUCGUGAAGGCCAAUUACUGCUGCCCUGGCGACCCCUCUACGUAUGUGGCAGAAUACCUGCCGAACGCUUGUGUAGCCCUGCGCUACGGCCACCAGCGGAGGCUCCAGAAGGGCUCUUCUUACGCACCCAAGUACCUGCUCUUCGUACCUCACGCUCAGUCUCAUCUCCGCCACCCGAUUGGAGCCUUUUUGCCGAACGCUCAAGGCGAAACCGUGGUUCGGGUCGCUCAAGUUCGGGGGACGAUGCAAGGCCUGGCCGACGUCGGUCGUGGCUCUUCCGUCGUUAUUCACGAUUGUUUCGUUGGUACGGCGCUUGCGCUUGGUGAUCCUCUUCGUGCUUCGGGAGCUCCGGUGAGUGGCCGCUCACAUCUGUUCCUGCGCCCUUCUAGCGCGGCUUCGAUUCGACGUCAGACCAGUGAGCGUUUGCAAGGCGCGUUCGUGUCGAUAAUUGUCCAUGCACAACAGCGAAGAUGUGCUUUUACAGAGGCCAACUGCAUUACGACCCCUCCAGUUCCCUGUAUCAGUGCCAUAUCUCUCGCUCCUGAAGCUUGUAUCACGGACCGCCCCUUAUCGUGGUAGCACAGGACGCUGUGUAGCAUGUUCUCCAGCGCUGCAGUUUCCUUAUCGAUAUACCCCAGAGUGCCUCCACAUUAUGUUCUCCGCAGUACGCUUGCACUGAUUGGUCGUGUAAAUGGUAUGACUUGCAUGAGAAUGGCACCUCGUUCGAUCAACAUCAACAUCCAGGACACCUUCAAACAUGGCUCCCGCAGCGAGUAGGAACUCUAAGGUCCGUUAUACAGCACCUCCCGCUGGACCUGGCAGCUUGCUGGCCGUCACGAGUGAGGACUCGAAGAUCACCAUACCUUCUCAGUACUUCCAGGUAGCCAGGUUCACAUAAUAGUUCGACUUCUUUCACGAACUUCAAACCUUCUAAAGUGAAGGGAAUACCUUCUUGCUGCGUGCCGGGUCCAACAACGGUCAAAGCGGGAUGCUCAAGCUCAUCAUUUUGAUGCUCUUGGAGGGAUUGUCCCGAACUCAGCUGAUCAAUUAGCUAGCGGAA